AUGAAUCUUAAAGAAUACGUUAAUUAUCUAGAAGAAAAAGAAACAAAUGAAAUAUUGAAUAAUGAAGAGAUUUUGGAUCUUUUUACUAACCUAAAACUUAAAAAGACUAAAGAUGCUGAAGAGGAAGAGAAUGAAAGUAAUAAAAAGAAGAAUAAUAGUACAGAAAUACACCAAAUUACUCAUCAUGAAGCACUAAGUGCUGUAGAAGUGCUUGAAUACUACUUUAUACAACAAGAUGUUAAUGAGGUAGCCUGGUUAAAUCAUGACCAAGCUUUGUCAAAUCUGCAAAAGAAAAUAAGAAAGCUUCAAAAUUCAUCUUUUAAGCAAGUGGACAUUAAAGCCUUUUUUGAAUUGGCUAAUUAA